AUGGAGGUUGGCCAUCGAUUCCGUCGAAUCAAACAUAAUCUGUCGACGUAAGUCCUUUUUUGCAAGAGUAUAAGCUGAGUUUGAGUAUAAGCUGAGUUUCAUAACUCUUAUCAACACGUUUAUUUGCAGCAAGAAGACUACAGAUGAAGAGCUCAAGAGUUUCCAGCCGGUCAUGACCAGAAACACCAAGGUAAACAAGGAAAGGGAGCAUUACAGUGAUAAUUACAGUUGAAUUUUCAGGUUUCCGGCUUCGUCGCCACAUUUCGUAAGGACCUGGGAGCCACUCUUAGCACAGGAUUGAAAGAGGAAAACGUCGAUAAACGCAAAGUGAGAAUUCCGAUUCGUGAUCUCCCUUGAAACCAAAUUAUUCAGAAAAAAGUAGAAGAACUCACAAUGGCGCAAAAUCUCAAGGAGAUGUCAGUCGAUUUGGACUACCUCAACACGAGUUGUCUUCACCAUGUCAUAAACGCAUUCGGAUCGGUGCUGCACCAAGAAGUCGACGAGAAAGUCAAAAUGGAAAUGGCUCUUGAGCGCAGAGUCCACGAGGAGAUGAGCCAGUUUAUCGACUAUGAGAAGAAUUUGAACAAACUGAAGGAUAAAUUGAACUUGGUCAGCACGGACCUCGAAAUUGCACAGAAAGACGUUGAAAAAGACCCGACCCAGCAGAAUCAGGAGACUUGUGAUGCCAUUUCGAUGAAAUACGAGGGAAUGAAGGACUCGCUGGUCACUGAUAUCUUUACUUCUUCAAUCAACAAAGAGUUCCAAAUCAGUGACGUGAGUUUUUGGUUUCGGAAAUCCCUAAUUCAGAUAUUUCCAGCACGUGCUCACGUGUAUGAAUCUGAAGAGAGACUACUACAGAAGAAUGUUCGAGGCGUACGACAACGCAAUCCCGACCGUCGAGUCCAUGAUUUGUUCGUUGUCGAUUUCCACUUGUCAAAUGCUAACGAGCCCCAUUUGCAGCGAACGCAGUCACCCGUCCCGUGUUUGGAGUGCCGCUCGAGGAGCAUUUGGCCACACAGAAAGAGAAGAUUGCAGUCGCUCUCGCAAAGACUUGCGAGUUCCUCCGUCAACAUGCCAUGCACGAGCGGGGAAUCUUUCGCAUUAGUGGAAACGCCGCCAAAGUGAAGCGUAUUCGUGCUGGACUCGACUGUGGACAGUUUGACGUGAGCAUUGCAACAUUCAGAUGAUCCGAUUGAACGUGUUAUUAUUUCAGAAUGAUGAGAAGCACUAUGGGAAUGACCCGCACGCCGUCGCAUCGACACUCAAGGCAUAUCUUCGAGAACUUCCAGAUCCACUCACUCAGAACUCGAUGCAAAAAGAUUGGAUCGAGGCUAUUAAGUGAGGAGGACUCUAGGAAAUUACGUCGCUCAAGAUUACUUUUCAGUCUCGAGGGAGAAGAGCGUUUCGCCGCUAUUGAUCGUUGCCUCAAGAAGAUGUCUCGUGGACAUCGUGACAAUUUGAUCUAUCUUAUGAAGUUCUUGUGGGACCUCGAAGUCAACAAAGAUGAGACUUCGUGAGGAAUUGCCAUUUUGACAUGAGUACAUAUUUUGAUGUUUCAGGAUGAACGCUUCGAACAUGGCGAUCGUCUUCGCGCCAACAGUCACAGGAAUGGUGUACGAUGGAAUGAACACUCACGGAGUGAAACUGAUCGAGUUCAUGAUCUCAAACGGUGCUCGCAUUUUCCAUUUUGAGAGAAGCGAGAAGCCGGAGCAGGUCGAAACGGACGGUCAGAGCCAAAGCCAAGGACAGAGCCAAAGCCAAGGACAAAGCCAAAGCCAAGGACAGAGCCAGGGCCAGAGCCAGAGUCGCAAUCAGAUUCAAACGGAGCAAGUGGACGCAAUGUACGUCCUAUAAUCACGCGAAUUUAGAAAAUAAUAUACAAAUUGCAGUGAUACCAGCCCGCCAAGUGCAUUCACUCGUGCGCAGUCAUCCAUUAGCCCACGCUCAUUCCGUCCGAAGGAGAAGGCUCCGCCACCGCCAAUUGACGUUCCGUCCUCGAGUGGAGAUCUGAUUGAUUUUCAAGAAACUGACGAGGACGACUUUUCCGACGAUCACUUCUCUUCCAACGGAAGCGCUGCUCUCUUCAGAAGCUCCACGGAACGUCGUCCAAACCGUCCGCCCCCGCCGGUAAGCACCAUUCUAAGCGAGAAUGACACCCUGAUUAAUAAAAGUUUUCCAGUCAUUCCGAACUAAUGUGGCAGAGACUCCGAAAUCUCGCCCGAUCAGUUAUAACAUUGCCGUUGGAGCACGUCCGAGUGAAUCCGCGCCGCCAAAGCCAAUGACGGUCAGUUUGGAAGAGCUGGUUUCUGAAACCCCGGUCGCCCCGGAGCGCAAGAGGAUGAGUGUGAUGUCGAUUGGAGGACUGUCCCGUGUCACGCCAAAUGCCAAUCAGACUUCUUCCCAGGAUUCAUCCUCCGGAUCCCUCGUGACUGACGGAGGAGAUCACCGGUAAGAGCGAAACGUUGUUGCAGCUGGAAACAAGUUAUUUGCAGAACUCUGGUGUCCCUCGAUGGCGAGCCUUCCUCUUCAGCGUCCUCAAACUCUUCAUCCGUGCCCAACAACAUCCAGCCGCCCCCGCAAUCAGCCAAACCAAAGCCGCCUCUCCCCUUCAAACCCAAGGAUCUCUCGAAUGAGAGCUCCCGCCUUUAA